AUGUAUAUAAGCGUCCGAAAAACAGUUUCUAGAAUUUAGGAGUUUGUUAUCUUCGAAAGUUAAAAACAAUUUUUAAAAAGUAACUGUUCAUUCAAAAAUGUAUUAAUUCUACAUUCGAUUGGAAUAGGAGCCGACAAGUUAGUUGAUUAAGUUCAAACUGUAAUCCCUUUCGGAAAAAAUGUUGUGUAGGUUAUGUUUGACUGACGAUAAUAAUUAUGAGAAGCUCCAAGGUGCUAUUUGUGAUAUGUUAACUGCUGUCCUACGAAAAAGGUUUAUUGAUACUAUUGAUCCAGUGAUAUGUGUAAAUUGUUUGCAAAAAGUCCAAGAAGCAGUUAAGUUUAAAAACGAAAUUCUUCGCACUGAUAAGAUACUCUCCCUUUAUGGUGGUUCUGAAACAAAAGCUGUGUACGUUAGAGACAACAAACUGUGUGUCACCAACAAGACCAUCAAUGUCAAGUUGUGCAGGACUUGUUUGCAGCUGAUUGAACAUAACUUUUGUUUGAAUCUGUAUGGAAGAUACGAUAUUAUUAAUACGCUGACACUUUAUAUUCCAGAAGUGGUUAUAAGCGAAAAAGAACCGUCUUUGAUAUGUUACAAAUGUGCAGAAAGUUUCAAAAUGUUCUCAGAAGUAAUUAGUAUGGUAAAUAACACUGAGAAAUUGAUAAAUUCCUGUUGUACUGAUAAACAUAUCACCAAUACAGAGGAAGCUUCCUUGGACUAUAUACUUUAUGGACACAGUGACGAUUUAACCAAAGACUCGAAUAUAAUGUUGUUAUUGGGUGAUGAUAUGCUGUUCCUGGACAGCGAAAGCGAGUCCAAUAACCCAGCCAACACGUCGGAAGACCCUACAAAGAAGAUAAUGCAGAAGAUUAUCGAAGAGGACGUCGACCAGUUCUAUAAGGAGAAACCCGAUUUUGAUCUUCAAGAGAAUCUUCUAGCUGACAAUGAAACGGACAGCGAACAAGGGAACAUAUUCUUCGGCGUACCAACUCACCAACUGCUGAUUGCGGACAUGGAGGGUGCUUUCCAAAACAAAACGCGCUACAGGAACGUGGAACCACCUUCGUUGCGAAAUUCAUUUGAAACCGAAGAGUCUUCUCUGUCUCCUGGAGCGUUGAGCGAUGCACAGUACUAUGAAGAAGAAGAGGAGGAUGCCCAAGAAGAAGACGAGGACGAAAAGAAGAGCGAGAGGCCAAACUCCGACAGUUACAUCUUCUUCAGUAACCAAGAAAAAUGCACCUGCCAAAACCAAUCCGACGGUUUGCUGGAGCAGACGACGGCGCAGCGACAGAUGUGCGGAAAGUGCAAAUGGAAAAGGAUUUUCGGAAUCGGGAGUUCCAGCGAGAGUCGCGACAUGGACGCCGAUGACGAAGCGAACGUGAAGAAACCGAAGAAGGACGGAGGGAAGAAGAAGUGUAGGAAGGCCUACGGUAUUGAGUUCAAGGAUAUGUGGUGUACGCAGUGCAGGUGGAAAAAGGCGUGCACACGAUUCGGUAAUAACAAGGCUGUGAAUAGACGAUAGGACCGAUAUGUGAAUCCUUGUCAAGAGAUUUAAUACCUGUGAUUUUUGUGAGGAAGUUUCGUGACAGUUCGAAAUACAAAAAAAUAUUUUA